AUGGAGUUUGUUUACCACAAUGUUGAUGAGCUGCGUUCUGGGAAGCAACAUUGGAGGAUUCUGGUUAAGGUGGUUCGAAUUUGGUACAGUCAAGGGUUUUCCACUUCGAAGCUUCCCCUUUCUCUUGAGUUGGUGCUGAUGGAUGACAAGGGUUCCAAGAUCCAUGCGAUUAUUAAGAAGACGUUGAUGUACAAGUUUGAGAAGUUACUGGUUGAGGGCAAUGUCUACAAUGUCAUUGGCAUUUUGACAGGUGUCGGAGUCGAGAGGGAGAUUGUAACUAAUGGAAAGAAAUCAAAGAUGAAUGUCAUUGAGAUUGAGGCUGCAGGGCUGAGGGUUGAGUGUGCCCUGUUUGGCGCUUAUGUUGAUGAAUUGGCUAAUUUUCUUGGAAAUGGUGAACUCAACAACCCAGUGGUCAUUAUCCAGUUUGCCAAAGUGAAAUCGUUCCAGGGGAACAACAGUCUGCAGAAUGUACAUGGUGCUACCAAAAUAUUGUUUGACCCUGAUGUUCCUAUGGCAAAAGUCUUGAAAUCAAAUUACUUAGAAGCUAAUGCGAGUGCAUCCCAUUCCCUAAGCCAGUUGUCUGAUUCCAAAACCGUAUCUGGGGAAGAGGAUUUUUUGGUUUUGACUAGCAGCAAGUCCAUUGCUGAACUGGUUAAUAUUAAGAAGGACUGUGUUUGUGUUGUCUACGGAACCAUACUCCCUAUGGAAGAAGGUGUGGACUGGUGGUAUACUGCCUGUAGAUGCAGUCGUAAAGUGUAUGCUAACGAAAAGAUGUUUUUCUGCGAGGGAUGUAAUCGCCAUGUUAUGGCUGUUUACCCAAGGUUCCGUCUUCAAGUGAGGGUUGAAGAUAACUCUGGCAGUGCUAAUUUAGUCCUCUUUGACAAGGAAGCCACAUCACUACUUGGGAAAACAUGCACUGAGAUGGUUGAAUCAUGUGACAGGAAUGAAGGUGGAAUUGGGAUGCCUGUUGAAUUGUCCACUGUGGUUGGAAGAUCUGCCCUGUUUAAAAUUGAGGUGAAGAAUUUCCAGGGACAGAGGUUUGAUAGGUCCAGAUUUGAGACUUCCUAUCGUGUUAAGCGCGUUUGCACUGAUGAGUCCAUUAUCGAGCAGUUCAAACAUUUGCAGUUAGAUCUUAGUGUACGUGUUUAUCUCCCUUAUUUUUGUUAUACUUAUUUACCUAAUGCUGGAGCUGAUAUGAAUGAAUACGGGAUAAAGGUUGGGGCAUCUUCUAGUCGUGACCUGCUGACCCCUCAGUCCACACUCAACACUGAAGUCCUGGGGAAUGAGGACAUAGGAAAGGAUUUGCUGGAGGAAUUUGUUGUUGUUUCCAGUGACAAGGAUGCAAAGUCUGAAUUGGCUGCUGACAUUCCAACCACUGACUUGGAUGCAAAUACUCAGGAUACCAUUAGUCCUAAAAGGAGUCCCUCCCCUGACCACGAAUCUGUUCAUGUUCUGUCCAACAGGAAGAAGAAAGUGUUUCCAAAGUCGAAGAAGGAUAAGAUAUGA